ACACCCCCCGGCCCAACUUUCUUGCCUGAGCUGGACGCUCUACUCCUCUCGGCUCGCCCACACGUCGGCGGCUCGUCUUUGCAGCGCGGGGAUUUGGUGGAGCUCACUGGCGCCAGCGGGAGCGGCAAGACGACACUCGCGACGUUUCUACUCAUGACAUCCCUUCUACCGCCAUCUCUCGAUUUGCCAAAUGCUCGGGGCACGGCCUCCCCCACCCAAACCUCAUCAUACGCCCCCGUGGAUGAUGAUACCUCUCGCGACGGGGCGAUUCCUAUCGGCGGCCGCGGCUCGUCCGCCGCCUUCCUCGCGCCUCCAUCCCACCCACCCCUCCGCCUGGCUGACUCACUGCGCGCCCACAUUGAGCGCUGUUGCGUUGCGGCCGGUAUCACCCCCGCCUCAAUCCGGUACCUCAUCGACGAUGCUGUGCAGGAGUCGCUGGCCCGCCUCAUCGUCAUCCGACCUCGUCCCCGCGCAGCGAGCUGGGCGAUCGCGCUCCAUCGUCUUCUCUCACUAAAGGGCGACGUGCCGGCCUUGGUCGUGGUCGACGGGCUGGGCGAUGGCUUCUGGCCCGAACGCUGGGCUGAGGAAACUCACAAGCCCUCCAAACCCCAGCCUGGCGCAACACGUACGGCCGAGGAAGCCUGCAUGCGCGACGUCUGGGACCAGCUCACGGCGCUGCGAUCUCUGCUCGGCGCCGUGGUCGUCGUCACAGUCCAGGGAUUGCGUCCCGCAGCGCACGGCGGGCUGUUCAAGCCCCACCUCCCGGCGCCAUAUCCCUCGCCCGUUCAUCAAGAGGGUAAGCCAUGGCCACUCAAUGUCCACAUCACGCUGCUCGGUCCCUCGCGCGGCCUGCAACUGCCAGCGGAGUGUACCCUGGCCGAGGCGCUGCGCGAGCGCCGCAGACCUGACGUGCGGACGUAUCAUGCCCUCGUACGCGUACCCGGCGGUGCAGGCGCAGUUGGGACACCUUCUGGCGCGCGCUUCGCUUUCGGCGUGAACGAACAUGGCCUUGUGCCAUUCAACCCUAGCUGA